AUGCUGAGUCCGGAGCGCCUAGCCCUACCGGACUACGAGUAUUUGGCCCAGCGACAUGUCCUCACAUACGUGGAGGAUGCAGUCUGCCAGCUGCUAGAGAACAAGGAAGAUAUUAGCCAAUAUGGCAUUGCCAGAUUCUUCACAGAAUAUUUUAACAGUGUAUGUCAGGGAACUCAUAUUCUUUUCCGGGAAUUCAGCUUCAUCCAAGCCACCCCUCACAACAGGGCAUCAUUCCUACGGGCCUUCUGGAGAUGCUUCCGAACUGUAGGCAAAAAUGGCGAUUUGCUGACCAUGAGGGAAUAUCACUGCUUGCUGCAAUUACUGUGCCCGGAUUUCCCCCUGGAGCUCACUCAGAAGGCCGCCAGGAUCGUGCUCAUGGACGAUGCCAUGGACUGCUUGAUGUCUUUCUCAGACUUCCUUUUUGCCUUCCAGAUCCAGUUUUACUACUCAGAGUUCCUGGAGAGCGUGGCCGCCAUCUAUCAGGACCUGCUGUCGGGCAAGAACCCCAACACGGUGAUCGUGCCCACGUCGUCCAGUGGGCAGCACCGCCAGCGACCUUCCGCGGGUGAGGCCAGCACGCUGGAGGGCGUGGAGGCCGCGCUGUUCUACCAGUGCCUGGAGAACCUGUGUGACCGGCACAAGUACAGCUGCCCACCCCCGGCACUGGUCAAAGAGGUCCUCAGCAAUGUUCAGAGACUGACCUUCUACGGCUUCCUCGUGGCCCUCUCAAAGCAUCACGGGAUCAACCAAGCCCUAGGAGCCUUGCCUGACAAAGGGGACCUGAUGCACGACCCAGCCAUGGACGAGGAACUGGAGCGGCUGCUGGCGCAGAUCCCAGGCCUGGUCACCUCGGUCACUGCCGGUCCAGAGGCCAGCUGCCUGCCUCCCCGCACCCCUCCCCGGGUUGGCUCCCCCUGGAGACCCCUCCAUCUUGCCCGCAAAGUGGACACAGAGAGCGAUGGCUCCACUGAAGAGACAGAUGAGUCCGAGACUUGA